AUGGAAUCUGUUGCAAAGGAAAAGUACCUCAAAGGAAAAAUAGAAGAAAGUUAUGAGCAAUUGGAAACGAUGUUUGACGAAGAAGAUGAAGAUGAAAAUUUUUACAUAAUGAAAAGAAAUACAAUCACUAAACGUAGACGGAUGGAAUCAGCUGAGGGCGGACUUGUUGAAAUUGAACGAUUUAAAAGCUGUUCGAGAACGUUAACACAAUCAAGCCAGCAGUCAACAAUUAAAUUUAAUUUACAUGUUGAUAGCACGUAUGAACAACUGUUAACGGGUGAAGUACAAGAUAUGUCGUUUAAAACUUCAAACGUAUUAGCAUAUAAAUCAUCCGAUUUUAAUAGUUUAUUAAACAAAAUGUUUAACAAAUUAUUAUCUGAGGAAGCACAGUUUAUAUCAAAAAAAUCAGGAAGACCUAUUAUGUUCGAAGAAGGAGAUGACGAUUUCAUAUAUUUCAAAAACUAUAAAAAUACUCAACGAAUCCCGAUUGUUAUAUACGCUGACUUUGAAUGUAUUUUAAACCCUAAACAACCUGAUAAAUUCAUUCAAAGUAGUAAAAAACCAAAAACUUGUAUUACACAUUUACAUAAACUUAUGAGUUACGGGUUUUAUCUAACUAGUCCAUCAUUUGUACCAAUCUUCUUUCAUAAUCUGACAUAUGACAGUCACUUUAUAAUUCGAGAACUUGGGUGUAACGAUAAAGAUAUUCAUGUUAUACCUAAUUCAUCUGAAAAAUAUAUAUCAUUCAGUAAAGAAAUCGCACCAAAAUUUAACAUUAAGUUUGUUGAUACAUACCGUUUUAUGGCUGAAAAAUUAAGUAAACUAGCAAAAAAUUUAUCCGAAGAUAAAUUGAAGUUUAGAGAAACUAUUAAAGUAUUUUCUAUUAAAGUAUUAGAUCUAGUUACUCGAAAAGGAGUCUUCCCGUAUGAAUAUGUUGAUAGUUGGAGUAAACUAGAUGAACCUUUUUUACCUUCAAAGCUUGAUUUUUAUAGCUCUUUAUCCGAUGAAAAUAUUACUGAUGAUGAUUAUGUUCAUGCGAAAAAUGUAUGGAACAUUUUUAAUAUAAAGACAUUAGGUGAAUAUAGCGAUCAUUAUUUAAAAACUGAUGUUGCUAUACUAGCUGACGUGUUUGAAAAUUGCAGAGACUUAUGUUUAUCUAGUCUUGAGUUAGAUCCUGCUCAUUAUAUGACUGCUCCAGGAUUUGCGUAUGAUUGUAUGCUUAAAUAUACAAAGAUCGAAUUAGAAAGGUUAAAAUGCUCUAAUAUGCUUUUGUUUAUAGAGAAUUCAAUUCGUGGUGGGAUAACUCAAUCGACUAAAAGGUUUGCUAAAGCAAACAUACCAAAUAUCAAAGGAUUGAAUUAUAAUUCUAUCGAACCGAUUAAAUGGAUAACAUAUCUUGAUUGUGUAAAUUUAUAUGGAAAGUCUAUGUUGACAGAAUUACCUUUUAAAGAUUUUGAAUGGGUUGAUGACUUAAACAUAGACGUAACUAAAAUUGCUGAUGAUUCUGAAGUUGGGUAUAUAUUAGAAGUCGAUAUCGACUACCCAAAACAUUUACAUAAGACUCAUAAUGAUUUCCCGUUUUUACCGUUGAACGAAUGUCCACCAAAUUCUAAAGUUAAGAAAUUGUUAACUACACUAUUACCGAAAAAAAACUAUAUUGUUCAUUAUAAAAAUUUAAAACAAGCGAUUUCUCACGGUCUUAAACUUGUAAAAAUUCAUCGAGCUAUCCGCUUUUCUCAAAAGAAAUGGAUGGCAUCGUACAUUGAAUUCUGUACUAAAAUGAGAACAGAAGCUAAAAACGAGUUUGAAAAAGAAUUCUGGAAGCUUUUAAUUAAUAGUGUUUUUGGAAAAUGUAUGGAAAAUGUUCGAACAAGAACUUCUAUAAAACUGGUUUCGUCAGAAAAAAAAGCUAAUAAAUUAAUGGCGAAAACUAAUUUUAAGGAUAGAACUAUAUACUCUAAGAAUCUUAUGGCUAUUCAUCAACAUAAGGAAACUAUUAAAUUCGAUAAGGCGAUUUAUGUAGGAUCAGCAAUUUUAGACGUUUCGAAAACUUUUAUGUAUGAUUUUCAUUAUAAUGUAAUGAAAAAGAAAUAUGGUAAACAAAUUAGUUCUUUAUAUUCGGAUACAGAUUCAUUGAUAUAUUCUAUUCAAACAGUAAAUUUUUUCGAUGAUUUAAAAAAUGAUUUAUUACCAUAUUUUGACACAUCUAAUUAUCCUAAAGACCAUUAUUGCUUUAGUGAAAUUCAUAAGGGACAACCAGGAAUGUUCAAAGACGAACUUAAAUCAAUAAUUCUUAAAGAAUUCGUUUCAUUGAGACCGAAAUUAUACGCUUAUAAAACCAUAGAUGAUACUGUAGAAAAAAAAGCAAAGGAGAUAUUAAAUGCUUUUAUAACCCAUAAAUCUGUUGAGGAAAAACAAUCUCAUAGAAACAUGAAUUUCAUUCAAUCGAAUAAACAUGUUGUUCAUUCGAAAACAAUGAACAAGCUUGUUCUCAGUGCCAAUGAUGAUAAAAGAUAUAUAAUGAAUGAUGGGAUAAAUACAUUGGCGUAUGGGCAUUACAAACUGACAAAAUAA